UUAUAAACGUCAUCAAAGGUCAGUAUUUCAAAUUGGACGAUGGUGAUGAACGUCAUCGGACUCCAAUCCUCCGCGUCGCCGAACUCCAAGCCCCGUCUGGACUACCCCUGGCUUCCCCUAACCCUGCUCGGUUUCCCAAACCAUCGACAUAGAAGAGCAUGGGAGGGGCCCCGGUAAGGUUGAGUUCUAUAGAAUGACUCAUAUGCAUCGAGGUGGUAGCUUUGUACAAGAGGAGUCCAGAGAACUAAUCGAUAGGGCAAUCACACUUAUUGCAGAGCGUAUCAGCGAGUCAUCAUCAUCUGCGGAGUGCAGUAGCGUCGAGGACCAGGUGUUUACUAAGCUUAUGGGACCAGAGCAUUAUGGCAGAAUAAGAGAUUAUGGAGUUGGAGUUAUCCCCACUCAGUUAUCUGCAGUGAGCAGAUAUACUCAAGAGUGUAGACAGAACAACAGCACUGCAGAGGUCCAUAGGCUAGAGACACAGAUACAGGAGAUGAGUCAGAGACAUUACUUACAGAUAGAGGAGCUAAGACGGAGCUAUCAGACAGAGAUCGUGUCAUUGAGGACUCAGAUGGAUCAGAUUACAUCUUUUUUAUGUGGUUUUGCCUCGCAUCAGGGUCCCAAUACUUUCAGUAGUCGCUGAGAUGAUGAUACCAUGCACAAGUGAUAGAUCUCCCCCUUUUUUUUUAGAAUGGGUUCUACUUGAAUUCCCUCUUGUUCAGUUUGAGCUUUUAGUUUAGGGCUUAUAAUUUUGGUUUCAUUUAUUAUGGGUUCUUUUGGGUGUAGCUUCGAGGUAAUCCGGGUCUAGGCAUGAUGGAUAUGGUGGUUUGUUAUGAUUGAUUAAUAGAUAUCCUUUUAAGAGCAUAUCUUUCUCUUUUGAACUUCGAACUGAAUGAAAUGGAUUUUAUUUUAUUUACUUCAAA